AUGCCGGGGUUCGCUGAUUCCUUCUGGUCGAGCGAUUACGCUGCGGGACUCGGCGUCCUGUUCAGCAAGCUUCAGCAGGGCGUUCUCGAGAACAGACAGGUCCUCACCAUCGCUCGCUUACGCGCCGAAGCCGAGGAAACUUAUAGCUCACGCCUGAGCGAGAUCACACCGUCUGCGGACAAGGUCACUGGCGGUUUCACUCGCGACGAUGGUGCUACCGUUCGCAAGGUAAGUAGGAAUAGCUUCACCUCACUUGUCCCUACCCGCUGGCUGGAUCGUCGACGCGCCACAGCCGGCUCCGUCAGCACCGUCUUCGCAGCCUUCGAUGGCAUGCGCAACGAGAUGCAGGAUGCUGCCCGCAACCAUCAUCGCAUCGCCCAGAGCAUUCGCGAUCUCGUCGUAAACCCAUUCUCUCGUUGGUGCGACGCCCACGAGGCUCGCAUCCAGGAUUCUCAAGAUGAGCUACAAGUCCGCAUCAAGGCUCACGAUCGCCAAGCCGAGGCCGUCAAGAAGCUCCGAUCGGUUUACUUCAACAAGUGCCGCCUAGUCGAGGACCUUGAGGAGGAAAACAAGCUCGCUUUCCAGGAUCCCGAGAACAGCCCUAAGCAGAACCAAAACAUUCCCGAGAUCAAGGUUCAGCCCCACAAGGAAGAGGCGCCCGCCCAUGAGGAGGAGGAGGAGGAGAUACUCUACGAGAUUGGCGAUGAUACCUAUCAGCCCGAGCAGGUCAAGAAGAUCCUCUCCCAGAUGCUCUCGUCUAUCAAGAUGGGCGAGACCAAGGUCCCCAUCCUGGGCACAUACCUCAACACUUCAGCCGGUUCCGAUAUCGUCGAGUACCUCCAGCGCAGCAUGGGCAACAUCAGCGUCGCCUAUGCUGAGCGAAUUGGUCAGGAUCUGAUUUCCAACGGCUUCCUCCGUCUUAUCGGUAAUGUCGGCAACAACUUUGCCAACAGCUCCAAGCUCUUUUAUCAGUGGCGGCCCAAGGCCUUCCAAUUGGCGGGUGUUCCCGAGAAGAAGUCUAUCAACCGCACUUUCUCCCUGGCCUCGACUGGCUCUGAGACGGCCGAUUCCCCUGUUGUUGGCACCGUGAGCGAGUACCUGUCGGGCUGGAAUGUCCUCAACAACUCGCACCCGAACGAAACUCCCAGCCAGCGCAUGCAGCGCGAGGCCCGCGAAGCCGACGAGAAGUACCGUGCCGGUGUUCGCAGGCUUGAUGAGCUGCGAUGUGAGCUUGAGGAGGCCAUCUUCCUUCACCUCAAGUUCCUCGAGCGCUGCGAGCUUGACCGUCUCAAGGCUGUCAAGACUGUCAUCCUUGACUUCUCGGGCACCAUUGGCAACGUCAUUCCCAGCCUCCAGUCUACUGUAGACCAGAUGAUGCUCUUUCAGGAGACCAUCCAGCCUGAGGGCGACCUACGGUAUCUGCUCGAGACGUACCGCACCGGAAGCUUCGUCCCGAAGGUUGUGACGUACGAGAACUACUACAACAAGGUGGACGAGCAGACUUUCGGAAUCGACCUCGAGGCGCGCGCAAGGGCCGAUAAGAAGCGAGUGCCCAUGAUUGUCACGACUAUCCUGACGUAUCUGGAUCACCAUUAUCCCGAUUUGGAGGGUGACGAGGCUCGACGAGGUGUGUGGCUUGUCGAGGUUCCUCUGGCGCAGACACACAAACUCCGUGCCAAGGUCAACGACGGCAAGCCUGUUUCUCCUGAUGUCUUUGACGAGUUUGAUAUCCCUACCGUUGCUUCACUCCUCAAGGUCUAUCUCCUGGAGCUUCCUGAUUCAAUCAUCUCUUCUCAUGUUUACGAGAUUAUUCGAACAAUCUAUUCGACUACUUCUACCGAUACGGACGAGUCUUCCCGGAUUGCGGCUCUCCAAUCAACUCUUUCACAGCUCCGUCUCACUAACAUUGCGACCCUUGAUGCCUGCAUGAACCACUUUACCCGUCUUAUCGACCUGACGUCCGCGGAUGAAACCUACGUCGUGUCUCUGGCAACCGCCCUGGCCCCCUGUAUCCUGCGACCGCGAACCGAAACUUCUCUGACCCUGGAGGAGAAGCACGCAUACCGACUAGUCCGGGAUCUGUUUGCCCACAAGGACGCCAUCUUUAGCGAACUCAAGCGCAUGUCCAUGGUUAGUCAUUCUUCUUCUGUCAGCGGCAACCGGCCUCGAGCAAUUAGUACCGACGAGAGCAACCGCAAGGCCCUUAUGGAGGAGCGGAAUAGGGCUCUGCUCGAAAAGGCCAACGCAACCCGAGGCCGUGACAGGAGCCCUGCUCCUAGCCCCCGCGGCCAUCGUCGAGAUCGCAGCACCGGAGGACCUGAGACCCGAUUUCCGAUUCAAACGAGCCCGACUUCGGCUACUGACCGGCAACGCAGCAGCCUCGGCAGCCUAAACAUCAUUAAGCGCCAGAGUCUUGAGGUUCCCGAGCCCGAUGGAUCUGCACCUGUUAACGGCGACGCGGACAAGGCGGACGGCGAGUCAGAGAAGCGCGACAGCAUGGGACGGACACCGACCAAGUUUGUAGGUGGCAGGCGAAUCCCCGUGGUGCCGUCUACCCCUCCUCAAGAAUCGCCCGCCCGCGGCGUGCAGCUCGAGGAUGCCCCUAUGGAGGACUAG